CGAAAUGUAUAUCAUAAUAACUGAUGACUGUGAUGAAAACAGAGCCGAGUUUCAGCCUACUCUGUUGACCUUAGGGUUUACAUUGAGGAGGCAUUGAAAUUAGCAUCGGAGCGAAAUUCUGAGUCAUUGCAUAUAUAUAUAUUGUAUGUGUGUGUGUUGUGUUGUUACUUGUUUCGUGUUUUGUGAUCGUAUUUUUCUUUCCUUUUACUUAGAUGGGCGGAGAGUUUUCUUGAAUUGAAGGAAGUAGUUCAACGGAGCUGUGGCGUGUGAUUGCAGAUACAAUAUAUUCCGGGAAAACUAUGAAAUGUUUUUAUGAGGAUAAUUUGGGACUUCUGCUGCAUAUUUUCAGUCUUUCAAUACGAUCUUCAAGUUUUGUGUUCAUUAUAUGCAGCUUACCUAUUUUUGGAUGGAGUCUCCCUCCCUCGACGGGCAAUGUUAGCUGACAAGGACUGAUCAGGUUGGAAAAGAGCCAGUGGUGGUCAAACCAAAAUAUAGCAUCAGUCAAUGAAAUCCACAACAGUUAGUUUAAGCCAGUGACGUAGGAAGGUGUAGACUUCCUGGUUGGGGUCCUCGGGCCGUUAAACACCAGUGGUGGUAUGGCUCAAAAUCGUUCUCGAUGAUGGCGUCGAUGCAUCCACUCCUUGUGACUUUUAAUACCCAAUAAAACUAUAUUGUUCUUCGUUAUUACUAUUCCUGCAGCCUCAUUCAUAUCUCUGUUUACUGUUUCUAUUUUGCGUUUCUUUUUAUUAUCUUCUCUUGCUUUGUGUGCUGAGUGAAGUGUGGCGACUUGAACUGCCGCACACCGGUGCAAAGUGUUUUAUGUUGAAACCAGAUGGACAGAUGAAGUCUUCCCUCCCCCACCGCCACCAAUUUGUUUGUACUUUUCUUUCUUAAAAUAAACAUUGAUUCACGCAAUAUUGUUUUUAUUUUAUUCCUAUAGAUUAGUUCUCCAAUGUGUGUGUUUUUGAUUAACGUUAGUUUCGCCAGGUUAAUCGCUGGAAAACAUUGUCUAAGAGUUUGCGGCAUUCUAAUCAUCAAGCAGAUACGAAAAAGCCAUACUUUCUAACAUGUCCAAUAUUUUACGUCAAUGCAAAACCUCACUUAGGUCAUGCCUACACUAUGUGUUUAGCUGAUUCUUGGGCAAGAUAUAGUGUUCUCCGCGAACAGUCGUCAAUAUGCAAACCUUUCCACCAAUUGGAUUCUCUUCAAUCAGCCUCUCAUUUUAAUCAUUCGAAGGUGAAUAAAACAUUUUUGUCUUGUGGAACUGAUGAACAUGGAUCAAAAGUGAAUCGUGCUGCAAGCGCUUGUAAUCUAGACCCAUUACAAUAUUGCAAUCAAAUGAGUCCUUUAUUUAAGGAUCUGUGUCAUGCUACACAUGUCAAUUAUAAUGAUUUUAUACGUACUACUGAAAGUAGACAUAUGAGUGCAGUUCAGGCAUUUUGGAAACGUUUAACCGACAGUGGUCACUUAUAUCGAAGCAAAUAUUCUGGUUGGUAUUGUACCUCGGAUGAAGCAUUUUAUAUGCCAUGGGAAAUUGAAACUUCAUCGCCGUCAUCAGCAUCUCUUUCAAAAGGUGGACCUGUAGCAAAAGAGACUGGAAAUCCAGUUGAAUGGGUUGAAGAAGACAAUUAUGUAUUCAGGAUAUCAUCAUUUAAAAAUGACUUACAUUCAUGGUUGGAUUCAGGAGUAUUUCCUAAAUCCUCCACUCAAUCUAUUUGGACUGAAAUAGCGCAUGGCAUGGUAGAUACAAUUCAAGAUGUAUCUGUAUCAAGGCCAAAAAGUCGUUUGAAUUGGGGUAUACCAGUUCCUGGAGAUGAUCAGCAAGUAAUUUAUGUCUGGUUAGAUGCACUAAUCAAUUAUCUGACAGUAACAGGUUUCCCAUGGUCAGAUGAUGAUGGUAAUUCCAAGCGUAUUUUAUGGCCACCAGAUGUACAAUUUCUAGGCAAAGAUAUAUUAAGAUUUCAUGCCGUACUUUGGCCUGCUUUACUAAUGGCUACCGAUCUUCCCUUACCAAAACGCCUUAUAUGCCAUCAUCAUUUACUUGUUGAGAAUAUUAAGAUGUCUAAGAGUAAAGGUAAUCAUAUUGAUCCAAUGACUGAACAAUACGACUUAUUAUCCGAAGAAGUAAAGCAUCUAACACCUGCUGAAUCCGAUGUCCUACGAUAUGUUCUGCUACGUCAACCAUUACUUUCAUUCGAUGGAUCGUAUAGUCGAGAAAUGGCAAAAAAAUUAGUGAAUACAGAACUUGUCAAUUGGAUUGGUAAUCUACUUUCUCGUAUCACAUCUGAAGCACUUAACCCUGAACAGUCUAUUAUCCAGUUGGACCGUAAAGAUGUCGACGACAUUUUCUCUCAUGAUGAAUUGGAUGCUGAUUUCCUCAACAGCUUAGAAAGUCUAUCGCAUCGUUUUGACAAACUUUGGUGGGAUGAAUUACAGCCGCAUAAUGCUAUCGAGGAGGUAUUACGUGUUAUCCGCCAGGCAAAUGCAUUCAUUACUCGACAUACUCCUUGGCAUGAAAAAGACUCGUUACGAAGACAGUGUAUUUUAUCAGUUGUUGCAGAAGCCUUAAGAAUAUGCGGAUUUCUCCUUCAACCGGUUAUACCAAAUUUGUCGCUUCGAUUAUUGAACAGACUUGGUGUGUACAACAGUGAAGCUGAUGGUGACAAGCAAUCAUCAAAUGUCUGUGGCAAACUGCGUGUUUUAGGUGAAAAUAACGAGAAAUUUCUUCGUAAAUUGUAGUGAUUAUGUUAGGAAUCUUUAUGACCUGUGAAAU